UCACUCCCCCGCUCCCCCGAGCCAACCACGCCUAGUCUGCGUUCCGCACCACACUGCGAGCACAUCGGUUUCGACCCGCACCGGCGACCCGCAUACCGGUCCAGCCAGAAAAUAGUGGGCUGCGGAUAAGAAGGAUGGCAGCUUAAUUCGUUCUCAUCUCCUCUCCUCUCUCGAGUCCUAUAUAUAUAUAAAGAAAGAAGCAACGCUGAGAGCUUUGCUCUAAUAUUUGUGCCACCUUUUGUCAUCUUCUGCACCUAGCGAUAUAUGGAUUGGUCGGAGCUCCCCCACGAUCUCUUGGGCUCCAUCCUGGAGCGUCUCCCCGUCGCCGACCACCACCGUUGCGGCCUCGUCUGCUCGUCAUGGCGGUCCGCCACCAAAUCCAACCUCUUCGCCCCCGCUGCACAGUCCCCAUGGCUGAUGCUUCCUUUCAACCCCAGAGCCACCUCCCCUUCCGCCAAAUCCUCCGCCCAAUUCUACAGCCUCUCCGAGCGAAAAGUCUACAGAAUUCCCCUGCCCGACCCCCCGGUCUCCGAUCGCCUCUGCAUCGGAUCCUCCCAUGGCUGGCUGAUCGCCGCCGACGAGACCUCCGAGCUCCACCUCCUGAAUCCGAUCACCAGAGCUCAGCUUCCCCUCCCUUCCAUCACCACCUUCCCCUUCGUCGAAGCCCUUCGCGACCGCAAAGGCCACAUCACAAGCUACAAUCUCUACUUAGGCGGCGACGACGACGACUUCGCGCCGGAAUCCUUCGCACCGGACCAGCUCCGGUAUUUCUUCUACGAGAAAGCUGUCGUCUCCUCAGACCACACCGUCAUGCUGAUCCAUAACCCAUUGUUCAAGCUGGCCUUCGCCCGGCCCGGAGACGAGGAGUGGACGAUGGUGGACACCCCUUCAUCGUAUUGGGUGGACGCCAUAUUUUCUUCUAGCGGGCAGUGCUGCACGCUUGAAUCCACGGGAAGGGUGGAGGCUUGGGACCUCCAUGGCCCUCUGCCGACGUCGGCCAUCGUCGCGCCGAGCUUGGGAUAUUCCGAUUGCUCCAAGUACCUGGUGGAGCUGCCGGCCGGGCAGCUGUUGCAGGUGAGGAGGUGGCGGGAUCCCCUUCGCUUGGGCUGCAGCUGGGAGCCUCGUCCUCUCUACGUUGAGCACACGACUACCAGAGUCGAGGUGUUCGAGCUAAGGCUUGGGCGGAAUGGAUGGGCCUGGGUCAGGGAACAGAAGGAGGGAUUGACCGGAUUCGCUUUGUUCCUGGGAAAGAAUGGUUCGUUGUGCGUGUCGACGAGGGAAUGUCCGGAGCUGAAAGGGAAUUGCGUCUACCUUACGGACGACGGCACUUGGUCGUUUGAGAGGUGUCACAAUGUGGUUCCGGAUGUUGGAAUGUUUGAUUUGAGUGAUGGGAGAUUGAAGCCUUGUGGUGGGUAUGAUUUCCAGUGGAUUUGGCCCCCUCCAAUCUGGGUCACACCAACUAUGUGACGUGAGUGCUAUGCUUGAGGGAGGGAGUUGUGUGUUUUGACAAUUGCAAAUGCAAGUGUGUGUAUUAUUAUGGUGUAGUCAAUAGAUUUUGUGUAAUGUUUGGUAUGUUUGACUAGAGGAAAAAACAAUAUGGAAAACUAAUGAAUAACGGUAGAGACCUCGCGUGAAAGCAAGUCUGGCACGCUAGUAGUAGUGCGAUUAGUCCAUGGGUGGAUAUCAAAUGUACUAAAUCGUGGUUUUUGCGGCUUUUGUUUGGGGUGUCAUUAGUAUAUAGCACUAUGUUUAUCUACAA